CCCACAUUUAUUGUUUUCAUUAGGAAACUGGGUGCAACCAAUUCAAGGAGGGAAGGAUUACACACUGAACACACACAGAAAAAGAGUUUUGGAUGAGAAGAAACGGCAAACUCUUCUCUUUUUCUCUUUUUCGUCUGGUUUAAAAUAAAAAGAGGACCCCAGAAGUCUUUUUUUCAGUUUUUUUCUCCACACCUCUUCGGGUUUCACUCUUCAUCAUGACCCAUCCCACCAGAUCUGCGAUUGGACUCCUCCUCAUCGUCAUUGGAUACACAGCAGCAGCACCAGACUCUGACCUGUGGCCUCGAGUGGUGCGUUCAAGCGCCUGUCAGGAGCACACGAACCUUCACAAGCGCCUGGAUGUGGUGGAGAAGAGGGUGGAAAACACUGUUGAAAAGUUGGAGUCUGAGCUGGCUGUUCUUCUAGAGGCUAUUGAUGCCCCACAGUGGCGCCCCCUGUUGGAAGACACAGGGGAGCCAACUGUCGACAUCCUGCAGGAUCCAGAAGAAAAGGGCCAGUCCUGAAACAAGCGUCCAUGAAGAGAGGACUUGACCUUUUUUUUUGUUUAGAAACAGUGCUUGUUCAUAUAUUCUGAAUUUCUAUAUAAAGUAUGUAUCUUUACAAAGGGCAGACUUUUACACAAAGCCAAGCUGCUCUGCAUUAUUUACUCUCAGUAAUCCUUUGACAGCCUCAUCUCGUUCCCAGUUAGUCCUACAUUCCUCUUCCUGCAGUCAUGGGCAAAGCCCAUGUGUAUUUAGAGAUGAAUUCACAUGAUCUUUGCUACCCUACACUGUAUGCAAACAAACCAUCAGAGCUGUAACCAGGUUUAUAAAUGACACAUAGACGCCGGAUUACUGUAGGGAGAUUUAUUUCAUUAUCAAAGCAAUUAAAGCAGCAUGUUUUUGAACACACAGAGCAGUUUCAGUUGGUACAUAAACAAGGCUUUUCACUGAUUCUCUGUAAAAAUCCUGCAGCACAAGAACAUUUUGCAAACUAGGAUUACAAGAAGGAAAUAGGUGGCAUAGAUCACGUCGUCUUCUUGUUUCAUUUUUCUCGACAGGGCACUGAGUUUCCGACUGUAUCCACAGAGCUACGAGCAUCACUCAGAAAAUGGUAGAAGAGGAAAAAAUUCUUAGCAUUACGUCUUUAUUCAAACACCUAAAGGCAUCCAGAACAUUAACACACAAAGAAACACAUUGGGUUUGCAAGCACUGUCCAAUUAGGAAUGAUCACUGAUAUUGAGGAAGAAAUGCCAAAACUGUAGCUUAGUAUUGUAACUUAGAGAAAAGCUAAACUUAAAUCAACUGGCAAAAAUCCACUUUUUUUGUCACUUACAAAUGAUUAACAUGUAAUUACAUCUAUGCUUUCGGCUUAUGUUGGUAACUGAUGUUGUGGUGAUCGAUACCAUGAGUCUGUGAAAUAGCCAAACUUUCUACUCCACAAAUGGAGACGUUAAUUUUUAUGUCUUUAGUAUUGCAGCAGUUUCUGUAUUGGGGUGAGGAGAUAACUUGCCCCCAAUUCCAAAUAUUCUUUCUUUGCUGCACAGACAAAAAUGCAACACUUAAAUCCACAACAGAGCAUCAAACACGACAGCUGACCUCAUUCCACUCGUCCACUAGGGUAUGAGGCUUUAUAUUUGACGAAAGCAUAAUGUCAAAAGGUAUUGCAUAUCACCUAAAAAUAUCAUGCCGUCCAUGUAACACUGGGAUUACAAGAAUUGUACAGUUUAGAAUUAAAAAAACUCACUGUCCAGAAAUCGUCACGCAGGCCAGUUAUCAUCUGAUUUUGGACUGUGUCAAUAAUCAGGUGAGGUGUGCUAUUAUCCAAAAAGCUUGUGCAUGCACAAAUUAGCCAUUAGGGCUCAAGCUCCAGGCUUUGGCAAAAAAAUCAGGCUUAUAUUGUUAAGGUACAUGCAGAAAAGAUAAAGCACGGCUCAACACUAUUGAAUUCAGCGCAUACUUUGGGAGACCUGAAAGAUGCCACUUUAUGCCCCUUAAACAAAGCUUCUAAAUCUAAUAAUUUCAUAUAGUGUAAAGAAAUCGUUCCACAUUUUGGGAAAUACACGUAUUUGCUUUUCUCUUGGGAAUGAUUUGGAGAAGAUUUAUACCAGUCUCCUGUCUGUGUUUUUACUCUGAAGCUGGAAGACCACUACUGCUAGGUCUCUUUAUAAAUUUAUAUAUUUACUGUAUGCUUUAGCAACCCUCACACAUCUAACCCUAAAGAAAAACAACACUCGAUCAAUGUUGAAACAAUGUUCCUCAUAGGGAGGUUAUUUGAAGAGAUUUGGCUGAGGAACCAACUGACAGAGCCAAUCUUCAGCAUAGUCAGCAUAGUUGCAACUAAACUUUAAGUUUAUACAGGUCUGCCUUGGUCUGAAUAACAAACAAUUUGUUAUCAGAGGAUGUCUGCAAGGCAUUGCACAAUACUGGAAACUAAAAUGGACAUGGAGUAAAGACAGAAAUUGCUUCCACCAACGGGUCUGAACUGGUACACAUUUUUAUGCAUGUUCACAGGCAAAAACAUAGGAAGGAUGCCAGAAUAACUGAUCUGACCCAUCCUACAUUUUUGGGUUCCUUCCAUUUGGGUCCUAGUCUCACCGAUCCAACCCAAAAGAGUGGAGUUUGACACAUUGCAUCUGUUGAUUGGUCGAAAGAAUCAUCAUCCCCUGUGGGACUCAACACUAAGGGAAAAGCGGCAACUAUCCCAUUUUUUGUUCUUUAAAGCCACAUGCAAAGAAGAGAGACCAUAAAAUGCUUGAUGUCUACCAUUCCCCUCAAUUGUGUCUGUGUUGUAUUCUAUCUUGUUAUAAUUCAAGGAAGGCAUCACGCCACUAUGACACCACGCUAUAAUGUAUGUAGUUGACACAUUUAUCACUAUCAGGCUGAUAUGCCACCUAUCGGGUAAGGGUAUGGUUGGCUGUGGAAAUGCAACAGAGUUUAGAAUUCAAAUCGUCCCAUACCAAGCAGAACCCCUUGGUGGAAAUGGGGAAUUAGUGGAAUUAGCAGGAAAUUAAUAACUACAUUUUCACGGGGGUUAAAAGAACAUGAAAAUGUACCAUCAACAGGCAAAAAAAUGAUGGGAACUAUUAAGACAACAAAUAAGAGUACUCUUAAAUUUAUUAUACUGCUGCAAUGCACAAUAUAGCGGAGAGGCAGUGAUUUUUUUAAAUACAAUUUUCCAUUAUCAAUAGUAACAACAAAUUAUAAAGUUGCAGUUUUUGCUUUACAUCUCAUUACCCUCUCAUUAAAAUCCAUGUAGGUCACUAAAGGCUUUCCUAAUUGUUGAUAUUUUAAAAUGGGAUAAAGAUUUCAGGCAAGUGUAAAUAGCAAGAACAAUGAAUUCCUAAUGCCCUAAAUGGCAUCUAACUUCAAUGAAUAGCAACUAGCAGGGCCACGAUGUAGCUAGUGCAGCUUCAUUACUGGCUCCCCCAGAAGUUCACGAUCAACAUACCUGACCAUGAAAAACCCUUUUAUAAAACUCAAAAAUAAUUGCAUAACAAUCCUAUCCUAACUUAGCUUAAAUGUGUUAGCAUUAAACUUUGGAUGGAUCUUAGUGGUCCAUUUCCUGUGCAGUUGAUUUUCAAGCCAAGCUAGGUUAACUUGAUCAGCCUAGCCUGGCUAAUGUGUUUAGCCCAGCACAACAUAGAGGCUAAAAGCUCCAGAUUUUGCAUUGCUUGCCCAUUAAAAUUAACAUAAGGUGCUACAGGCUUUCCUAUAUAUAUAUAUAUAUAUAUAUAUAUAUAUACAGUGGAAAUUUGUCUAAC